AUGUUGUAUAAGGUUAUCCCGAAAUGUUCAAGGUUCCGACAUUUUUGUUCGGAAUCAGUAAAGCCGAUUGUACUAGAGGUACGUUUUCGUACAUACUAUGAUUUAUUUGCUUAGGGAUGGGUACGAAAGUCUCACAAAAUUGGGAAAAUGACGUUUCUUCAUGUAGAUGACGGACGUAAUGGACAUACAGUUCAAGCAGUUAUCCCAAAAUCACUUGGACGUAAUUUUAAUAUUGGAAGUGCAAUUAGAAUAAAAGGAAGUUGGAUUCCAAGUAAAGGAUCAAUGCAAAGUGAGGAAUUCCUGGCUGAUCAAGUGCAGAAGAUGUCUGAAGAACAAGUGAAAGUGAGUUAAUUUUUUUGAUAGAUAUUAUAUUUAGGUAGUUCGCACAGAUCCAGAAGAAUUGAGGUCUCACCCUGAUAUUAGAGUAGCCUUGCCAAGUUUUGCAGCCGUAGUAAAACUCAGAUCAAAACUCAACAGUGCUACUCACCGAUUCUUUGAGGUGAGCUUUGCACUUUGUUUUAUUCUUUGUUUUAUUAGAAAAACGACUUUGCUUUGGUGGACACACCUAUGUUGACAUUGAAUGAAUGUGAAGGAGCGGGUGAGGUUUUCGAGGUGGUAACUGAUCAAGACAAAAGGUUUUUUGAAGCAGACAAAGUAUUUCUACCAGUAUCGUCCCAGUUACAUUUAGAAGCAUUGAUAUGGUAUGAAUUAUUUUUAUUCUUUAUCUGGUUUUAGUGGAGUACCUAAUGUUUAUUCCCUCGGGACAGCCUUUCGGGCCGAGAAAUCGCUGUCAUCCAAGCAUUUGUCCGAAUUCCGAAUGCUCGAGGCGGAAUGUGCCUUUGUCGAUGAUCUCGACCAACUUUGCGAUAUUGUGGAGAAGUACCUUCGGUUUGUCAUAAAGGAGUCCAUGCGGUGGAAAGAUGAACAUUCUGGGGUUAAGAGUACUGAAAACGAUGUAAGGAGGAUUUCUUUUAAUUAUACGAAAUUCAGGUUCUUUGUGAAAUGGACCUGAAAAAAGAAUUCCCAAGGAUUUCUUUCACUGAAGCCAUGGAUAUCCUCCAGAAGAAGGGGAUUACUGUAUCGAAAAGGCUGAGCAAACAGAACGAGCUUGAUCUAAUAAAGUUCAUGGAUGGCCCAGUCUUUAUUCAGAGGUAUCCAGCAGAUCAAAAGCCAUUUUAUAUGAGAAUAAAUGAAAAGAAAGAGGUAUUUGUUCUUGUAGAUGUUGUCAUCUAUCAACAACGAUCUCUUUUCAGGCCGAAUGUUUUGACCUUUUGGCUCCCGUUGUUGGAGAAUUGGCUGGUGGAAGUAUCAGAGAGUACGAUAAAGAGGCUUUGCGAAACAGAUGUCCCAAACAAGACUUGGAAUGGUAUAUAAAUUUGAGAUCCAACGGAUAUCCACGAUCUGGUGGGUUUGGAUUGGGAAUCGAGAGACUGAUGCAAUCUCUGUUCGGUAUACAAAACAUCAAGGAUACUGUAGCUUUCCCGAGAUGGUACAAACAUUGUAAAUGUUAG